UGUGGGGUUUGGGAACUAUCCCAUCGAUUUUUGAUGCAUCUAAUCUUAGGUUUAUAGCGGAAUUAUAUAGAUUUGCUGUAGUAUUACGUGCGUGCGCGUCACGCCCUGAUGAAACCAUUCAAGAAAUAGUGCCAAACAUGCAUAAAUUUGCAUAAAAUGGCUAACUACCUUUUUCUGUAUUGGCACUGGAAAAGCCCUUCAAAUGUAUUGGAUAUAAAUGGUUUCUUGUAUUUGCCUUGGUUUUAGUUAGUUUGCAGUCUUAGUUAUUUUUCGUUGCUUAUGUAGUUCACGUUCAACGCUGGCGCAUGCGCAACUCUCAUCCACGGUUGACUCGCUGAUCAGAUGCUGUCUGUCACCCGAGUUAUGCUGCGUCCCAUUUGAACUUAAAAUUUCAACUGGAACACCGCCUGAAAUUGGAUUUUUUUUUUUACUUUACAGAACAAUUAUAAAAGCAAUAUUCAUAUACACCCAGAGAUAAUACACGACACAUAAAGCAGCUCAUACAACAUGAUAAUAUUCACAAAGGACUUUUUGAAACAAUAUCAUUAUUACAAUUGCUUUUCUGUCUUUAGAAAAUUUAUUUAGAUUCGUUAGGUCUACUUUGAAAACCUACUAUGUUUAUCGGAGUAACUUGUCGGAUUGAAGAUAGUCUGGGUAAAAUGUAAGUGAACGAACAUAAAGCCCAUUUAAACUGUGAUACCUUAAAUCCGACAAGUUACCCCGAUAAGCCAGUAGCCCCGCUUUGUAGUACAGGCUACUGGACUGUUUCAGAAUGCAGAAUUUCUUGCUUAGCCGGAUAACUUGUCGGAUUUAAAGUUGUCCGGACUAAAUGUAAGUGAACAAUGAUGAAGGUCAUUUAAACUGGGGUACCUUAAAUCCGACUUUUAAACUUAAAAGUUUUAUCCAGCUAAGCUAAAAACACCUUGCUUUUUGAAGCAGGUCUCCGGUAGAGCUUAACGCAUUUCCGCUCUGCUAGAGUAACUCGGGUGUGACGUCAUCCGUGGCUCCGGCUUCCGAGGUUCCCAGUCCAGCCACAUCAUGGCUACUUCCGCUUCCGGGUCUCUCCCCCUCUACCCUACCGGCUUCGUAAGCGUUUAGUUUGUAGUUUAUAACCUGUUAUUAUCGGUCCACGUUUGUGACUGGAUAGUGCAGUUAUGGAUGUGAGCGGCGCAAGACGGGGAGCAUUUUGAUAUGUCUCCAAAGUACCGAAAGUCCGUCUAUUGAGGCGACGCACCCGGUCAGCGUUCGUCUCAGGGUGCCGUUUCGGUCUUGCCGACUUCCCCGCGUUUACCGGGUCACGACGAAGGCCGACCAAACCUAUCCGGACUUAUCAGGUACGGGGUUACUGUGGUGGUCAGAAAGCCGCAGCGGGGCGCGAUUCGCUGGGCCGGAGCACCAGGCCGCUUCCAGGUUACUUUGGACUUUGCUUUAGUCAUUUUUCUGGAAACAGAUCGUCCUGUCCAGGUUGGAAUUUUUAAAAAGUGUGGAUAGAAAUGGCUUACAAGAAGAAAAGGGGUAUUCCGGACAGGUGGACUGACUACCAGGCACUGGGGAAACGGAUCCCUGGGACACGAUUCAUCGCCUUCAAGGUUCCCCUGCAGCAGUCCCUAAUAAGACUCCUGCCCGCCUCUGAGGCCUUUGGGCCUUUAGAACUGCUACGUUUGCUGGAAGAAGACAAAGAGGAACUGGGCCUCAUCAUUGACCUUACAUUCACCACGCGAUACUACAAGUCUCAGGACCUCCCCUCGAGUGUGCACUACCUUAAGAUCUACACUGCCGGACAUGAGGUACCAAGCGACUCGGUCAUCCUAAGCUUCAAACGAGCAGUGCAAGCCUUUCUUCGGGAGAAUAAAAGCAAUGACAGGUUGAUUGGAGUUCACUGUACCCAUGGACUGAACCGAACAGGUUAUCUGGUUUGCAGGUACCUCAUUGACGUUGAUGGGAUGGACCCUGGCAAAGCUAUAGAAUUGUUCAAUAGGUCCAGGGGCCACUCUAUAGAGAGGGAGAAUUACCUCCAGGAUCUGUGUUGUGGGCCAAAAAGAAGUAACCAGGGUAUGGAAGACCCGGACCAGGAGCCUGUCCAGGGAAAAGCAAACCCAAGGGGAGCUUAUUCACCCAGACCCUGCCCCCCAAGGGACAACGGGGAAGCAGCACUUGCCAUGGGUCCCCACCAUGACUACUACAUGCCUCCCCAUCAGACUACUAGGCUGUGGGGCCACCCCAGUCCCCUUCUGCCACCGCCAGGUCCGCUACUCCCGAUGCCAACUACAGAACUCUUCCACUACAUGCCACAUUGGGGAGGAGGGCUCCCAUUCCACUCGCACAGCCCAUUUCCGUACCCAGUGCUGCCCCGCUAUUCGUGGUCGGGACCUGGCAGACCUUUUCCACCUCUUCCUUUGGAUGAGCCGCAGAAACAUCAUACAACUGGCCGUACGAAGCAUCGGCAGAGGAAGCGGCAUUGAUGGGGAGGGACCACUGACAUCUCUGUGCUGAGCCUCUUCUCAAUGAGUAGCUUGAUUGUGGAGCUUCGCUCAAAAGGUCUGAAGGUUUUGGAUUGUUCCUGAAGACCAGAGUGGAGUGGUUCUUUGAAAGGGUGUCCAACUUCCUUUGGUUGAUUUUUUUUUAAAAUUUUUUUUUAUUAUUUUUAUUUUUUAGACCAUUAAUUGCUUAAUAUAUUUUACUUUACCGCAUGUAAAACUGGUUGUCAAAUGGAUUUGGAUUAUUUGCAGUGCCAAGUGUUAUAUACCUGUUUUUUACAUGAAUGUUGGAGUUUUGGAUUUUUGGUCUUAAAGGAAUGUUUGCAAAGUGCUUAAUUUUUAAUUGGUCAUAUACGAUUAUUUUAAUGGACUUGGGCUGUUUCUCUGGAAUGUAUCCAAAAAAUGGUUUAAUCUGGUAAUAUGUGAAUGCCUCUUAUGUGUGUUUAACGGCGGGCAGGCCUUUGGACACAUCUCCAGUUAUCCAGUGUGUGCAGGUAUAACUAAGGUUUUACUUUUUACAUGGUUAACUACUCUGAAGAAGUAAGGCUUCUGCUCUUUCGUUAAGUGUAGUCUGUGACUAUGGGAUACUGACAUAUAAAACCUGCUGUUCAGUAAA